CGCCGAGGGGGAGGGUUUCCCCAGCCCGGCCGGAGUUGCGGCUGUGCGCUGCUUCUGGCUCACAACGCCGACGACUGUCAAGAGAGUUGGGGAGUGGAACUGCCGGAAGUGUCUGCGCGCGGUGAGAGAAACUUUCCUGCUCCGGCCGCGGCCCGGAGCCUCGCCGCCCCUGCGCUCCGAACGACGAUGCGUCCAGAUGACAACAACCUGAGCGGACUCGUGCCUCGGCCCGCCGCCCGCGCCUGCGCUCACCUAGCCUCGGGGGAGGAAGACUGAGCCCGGCGCAGGCGGCGCGGCGCUCGGGGCCCGUUUCCUCCGCGCAAUCAGUCCUCUCGCGUCCCGGCGCCUUCCCCGCAAUCGCGCGACCCCAGCGCCCGCCGCGGCCGCCGGCUGCCCCCGCCCUGACCGCCGGCCCGGACGUGUCCGCGGCCGCCGCUGGCAGCGCCUGUGCCAUGGGGCUGCCCACUCUGGAGUUCAGCGAUUCCUACUUGGACAGCCCAGAUUUCAGGGAGCGCUUGCAGUGUCACGAGAUUGAGCUGGAGCGAACCAACAAGUUCAUCAAGGAGCUCAUUAAGGACGGCUCUCUGCUCAUUGGGGCGUUGAGGAAUCUGUCUAUGGCAGUGCAGAAAUUUUCCCAGUCAUUGCAAGAUUUCCAGUUUGAAUGUAUUGGUGAUGCUGAAACAGAUGAUGAAAUUAGUAUUGCUCAGUCACUAAAAGAAUUUGCAAGACUACUCAUUGCAGUAGAAGAAGAAAGGCGAAGACUGAUCCAAAAUGCUAACGAUGUAUUAAUUGCACCACUUGAGAAAUUUCGAAAAGAACAGAUAGGUGCAGCAAAAGAUGGAAAGAAGAAGUUUGACAAAGAGAGUGAAAAAUAUUACUCUAUCCUUGAAAAGCAUUUAAAUUUGUCUGCAAAGAAAAAGGAGUCUCAUUUACAAGAGGCAGAUACACAAAUUGACCGAGAACAUCAGAACUUCUAUGAAGCAUCAUUAGAAUAUGUCUUCAAAAUUCAAGAGGUCCAAGAAAAAAAGAAGUUUGAAUUUGUUGAACCGCUUUUGUCAUUUCUUCAGGGCUUAUUUACUUUUUACCACGAGGGAUAUGAACUUGCCCAGGAAUUUGCACCGUAUAAGCAACAGCUGCAGUUCAACUUGCAGAAUACAAGGAAUAAUUUUGAAAGUACUCGACAAGAGGUAGAGCGAUUGAUGCAAAGGAUGAAAUCUGCCAACCAGGACUACAGACCACCCAGCCAGUGGACGAUGGAAGGCUAUCUGUAUGUCCAGGAGAAACGACCGCUUGGUUUUACAUGGAUUAAACAUUAUUGUACGUAUGAUAAGGGAAGUAAAACAUUUACAAUGAGUGUUUCAGAAAUGAAAUCCAGUGGGAAAAUGAAUGGCCUUGUUACUAGCUCACCGGAAAUGUUUAAAUUAAAAUCUUGUAUCCGACGAAAGACAGAUUCAAUUGACAAACGAUUCUGCUUUGACAUAGAAGUAGUUGAAAGGCAUGGGAUCAUCACGUUACAGGCCUUCUCAGAAGCUAAUAGGAAACUCUGGCUUGAAGCCAUGGAUGGGAAGGAACCGAUUUAUACUCUGCCUGCCAUUAUAAGCAAGAAAGAAGAAAUGUAUUUGAAUGAAGCAGGGUUCAACUUUGUGAGAAAAUGCAUUCAAGCUGUGGAAACAAGAGGUAUCACCAUUUUAGGACUCUACCGAAUAGGAGGAGUGAACUCCAAAGUUCAAAAACUCAUGAAUACCACAUUUUCUCCUAAAUCCCCUCCUGAUAUUGAUAUUGAUAUUGAACUGUGGGACAAUAAGACGAUAACAAGUGGGCUGAAAAACUACCUCAGGUGCCUUGCAGAACCACUGAUGACUUACAAGUUGCACAAAGAUUUUAUCAUUGCUGUUAAAUCUGAUGACCAAAACUACAGGGUGGAGGCUGUACAUGCAUUGGUGCACAAAUUGCCGGAGAAAAACAGAGAGAUGCUGGACAUCUUAAUAAAGCAUCUGGUCAAAGUAUCACUACACAGCCAACAGAAUCUCAUGACUGUCUCAAAUCUUGGUGUCAUAUUUGGCCCAACUCUAAUGAGAGCACAGGAAGAAACUGUGGCUGCUAUGAUGAAUAUUAAAUUUCAGAAUAUUGUGGUAGAAAUUCUGAUAGAGCACUAUGAAAAGAUUUUUCAUACUGCUCCAGACCCAAACAUUCCUCUUCCUCAGCCUCAGUCUCGAUCUGGAUCCCGAAGGACACGAGCAAUCUGCCUCUCUACAGGGUCUAGGAAGCCCAGAGGGAGGUAUACUCCAUGCCUGGCUGAACCUGAUAGUGACUCCUAUAGCAGCAGCCCAGACAGCACACCUAUGGGGAGCAUUGAGUCACUCUCUUCUCAUUCCUCUGAACAAAAUAGCACUACAAAGUCAGCUUCCUGCCAGCCCAGGGAGAAAUCUGGAGGGAUUCCUUGGAUUGCGACCCCGUCAUCUUCCAAUGGACAGAAAAGCCUUGGUCUCUGGACAACUAGUCCUGAAUCGAGUUCCAGAGAAGAUGCAACCAAGACAGAUGCAGAAUCAGACUGCCAGAGUGUUGCUUCGGUCACUAGCCCAGGAGACGUUUCCCCACCCGUAGACCUAGUCAAGAAAGGGCCUUAUGGGCUGUCAGGACUGAAAAGAGCUUCUGCUUCUUCUCUCAGAUCCAUCUCUGCAGCUGAAGGAAACAAGAGCUACAGUGGAUCUAUUCAAAGCUUAACUUCUGUAGGUUCCAAGGAGACACCCAAAGCUUCACCAAACCCAGACCUGCCUCCAAAAAUGUGCAGGAGAUUAAGACUAGACACCGCCUCAAGCAAUGGCUAUCAGCGUCCUGGCUCAGUAGUGGCAGCAAAAGCUCAACUGUUUGAAAAUGUUGGUUCACCUAAGCCAGUUUCUUCUGGGCGCCAAGCCAAAGCCAUGUACUCCUGUAAAGCAGAGCACAGCCAUGAGCUUUCCUUCCCACAAGGAGCGAUAUUUUCUAAUGUGUACCCAUCAGUGGAACCAGGAUGGUUAAAGGCAACUUAUGAAGGCAAAACGGGACUAGUUCCAGAAAAUUAUGUUGUCUUCCUCUAAUACUAUUUAGUGGAUGGCAGUAUCUUCAUGGUAUCCAUGGUAACGAAUAAAUGCUAUGAUUUUAUCUGACACAGAUACACGGGGAUCAGCCCACUAAGUGAAAACAGUCAAUUUCUAUCAAGUUCUUCACCAGCAGACUAUGUAGCUCCUUAUUAAUGGAAAAAAAAAGAUUUAAAUUGUUGGCCAUUCUUUUUUGGUUGGUUUCUUAUUUUAAAAUAUCUUACCUCUGAAAAAUGCAUUUUUGGGUAAUAUGUAACUCUCCACAAUGUCUCUUCCAUAGCAAUUGUAGAGUUUCAAAUACUGUAUUAAAUACUAUAUCCCAGAAAUUUGGAAACCAGAAAUCUGCUAUAUGGAUUUUGAGAUCUGUCCUUUACUGCCUGGCAUUCUCUGAGGAUCUCUGAAAUUGUUACUUAAAAAUGUAAUUUAAAUUGUUCAUUUAUUGUUUUUCUCUUAGAAAUAUACUGCUUUUAUAUAUGAUUGUUUUGCUGGUCGUAAACAUUUCAAGGAUGUAAGUCUUUGUUUUAAUAUAACUUUAUUUGUUUUCCAAGUAGAUGAUAAUAUUCAAAAGCAAUAAUGUAUAUGAUAUCUAUAAAGGAAGCAAACUUAAGUCAUACACUGAUUCCACUGUAAACAAUCUGUCCAGAAUUCCAGACACCUUCCGUGGGUUUAGCACAGGGAUCAGCAAACGUUUUCUGUAAAGGCCUGAUAGCAAAUAUUUUUGCGGUUGGUUAAAUUUGGCUCAUGGGUUAUAGUUUGCUGAUCCCUAGUUUAGAGGGUGUGUAAAACUAUCUUCAUAACUUUGAGAUUUUUAUAAAAUUUUACAUUAAAAUAUACUGAUAAAUUAUAUGCACAUAUUUUCUACCAGUAGCAUUAUAGUGGCAUCGCAGAAGAAUAUUUACCAAUAAUGGGAAAACUGUAAAACUACAGUAUCAAGGCAUACAACUUAAAUUCCACUUGGAAGAUUGUAAAGUUUCAAAGUAUUUUCAUGAUAAUUUAAUUUGGACUUUUGAAAUGUUCUACAAAUGAAAAAGAUGUUUAAAAACAUUAGAAGGGAAGCUAUGCCUUCUGAAGUCUAUCCUUAGUUGAAACAGAAAAUAAACACAAAGGUACAAGAUCCUUAAAUUAUUUUGAACCACAGAGGUUGAAAUUGUUUUGUGAUCUUUAGCAGAAAUAAAAUCUGUACAUGAUUAUCUUUUAUGCCUUUUAGUUUACAGUCUUUAUUAGCAAUUUCAGUGAAUUUGUAGAGCAUAGUAAUAGGUAUUUACUGUCCACUUAUAUAUUAUCAGCAUCUGGUCAUGCACGAACCAUUAAGUCUAUAUUUCUAUUUCAAUAAUUCUAAUAUAUUAUUUCUAUAAAUAUAAUAUCUAUAUGUGGCAAAGAGCCUUUCUUGUCAAGAUCCGGAAAAGCUGGUUACCUGCCCUUUGAGUGCCAUUGUCCUGACCUGCUUGUUCUUGACAUCUUACAUAUUACUUCAGAGUUCCCCACUGUGCAGACCCUCAGGUAUUAACUGUAAAAAACUCUUUACAUGCUAUUAUAAUCUGUAAUCCCUGUCUCUUCUAUUUUAAAUUAAUGUUUCUAGAAUUAAUAGCUUAAAUACACAUAUACACACACAACUAUGCUUCAGAAAAGUUAGGCUUUUACAAAUAAAAAGAAUAAGAUUAGAAUUAACAAUUAGAGAGAAUAACGGUAGGCAGAGUCAGAAUCAGGAAUAAAUAUCAGCGAAUCAAAAGAAUGAAAAA